UCGAAUCGAAAAUGGCAGCCAAACAAAUCGCUAAGAUGGCAGCUGAAACAUCAGAGGAAGCCACAAAUAAAUGGAUUAAGCCCAACCAGCAGAUUGUCAGACUGCUGCUGCUCUUGGCCACGUUUAGUCAGCUGCCAAGUGCCAGGGCCAUCGCUGGCUCCAGCUCUCUUAGCAGCCUGGAUGCCGCCUCCAGUCUGGACAAGGAUCCGCUGCGUGAGACCAGCAUGAAUAUGAUCCAACGGAACUAUAUGGUCAUGCACUCGGCCAGCGGCUCUGGAGAUCACAGUCGCUCCCUGAAGAGGGCCAAUUUGGCCAAUACGAGUAUUACCUGCAAUGAUGGCACCCAUGCCGGUUACUACCUGCGGAAGCAGCCCAACUCCAAGAAGUGGAUCGUCUUCCUAGAGGGGGGAUGGCACUGCUUCGAUGUGCGGUCAUGUCGGGCCAGAUGGAUGAGGCUGCGACAUCUGAUGACCUCCUCCCAGUGGCCAGAGACAAGAGAUGUGGGAGGCAUUUUGUCGCCGCAUCCCGAGGAGAAUCCCUACUGGCACAAUGCCAACCAUGUCCUUAUCCCUUACUGCAGCAGUGAUUCAUGGUCAGGCACACGCACGGAACCGGAUACCCGAGAUCCGGAGAAUAGUUGGCGCUUUAUGGGUGCCCUCAUCCUGAAGCAAGUCAUUGCUGAACUGAUACCCGUGGGAUUGGGUCGUGUGCCGGGUGGAGAACUCCUUUUGGUGGGCUCUUCAGCCGGGGGUCUUGGUGUGAUGCUAAAUCUGGAUCGAAUACGGGAUUUCCUGGUGAAUGAAAAGCAGCUACAGGUCACUGUGAGGGGUGUAAGUGAUUCGGGUUGGUUCUUGGACCGAGAACCCUACCCAGCGGCUGUGGCCUCCAGUGAGGCAGUGCGUCAGGGUUGGAAGCUGUGGCAGGGUUUGCUGCCCGAGGAGUGCACCAAAGCUCACCCCACGGAGCAUUGGAGAUGUUACUUUGGCUACAGACUAUAUCCCACCUUAAAGACUCCCCUUUUUGUGUUCCAAUGGCUUUUCGAUGAGGCCCAGAUGCGUGCGGACAAUGUGGGAGCUCCAGUGACCCCGCAACAAUGGAAUUAUAUCCAUGAGAUGGGUGGCGCCCUGAGAUCUUCCCUGGACAAUGUCACCGCAGUAUUUGCACCCAGUUGCAUUGGUCAUGCGGUCUUAUCGAAACGGGAUUGGGUCAAUAUCAAAAUAGAUGACAUCUCCCUGCCCUCGGCUUUGCGCUGCUGGGAGCACUCCACGCGUCGCAAGAGACAUGACAAGCUAAAGAGAUCCACGGAGGCUUCGACUGUCCUCUCCCAGCAUCCCAAUAACCAAAGACAUCAGCGACAUCGUCAGCGGCAACAGCAGCAGCGACAGAAGCAGAACAAUGUGGCUCAGGCGGGAACGCCCAGGAAGCACAAUCACCUGACCAAGGAGGAGCGGGAGGAAAGGAAGCGCCUGCGGCAGGAGCAACGACAGCGACGCAAGCAACGGCGCCGGCAGGAGCAGCAAAGGAAUGCCAAUGCGUCGCAAAAGAAUAGGAAUCGAAAGAACAAUAAUCCCAAGUCCAGUAAUGGCAGCGAUCCUCGAAAGCAAAGACGUCGCCAACCUUUGACCCCGGAACAGCGACAGGAGCAGCGCAGGCGACGUCGCAAGCAGCAGCAGCAGGAGCAGCAGCAACUAAUGCGACGCGAGCAGCAUCCCCACUCACAGAUGCAACAGGAGCAACCAUCUCCGGUUGUGGUGGUGAAUGAGGAACCGGCGCAGAAGCUGCGCUCCUCCAACAAUGCCUCCGCCGGCACCAAGUCCAAGAAGCGUCAGCGAGUGCCCCGAGUGCCGGAAAAGUGUGGCCUGCGUCUCUUGGAGCGUUGCAGCUGGCCGCAGUGCAACCACUCCUGUCCCACUUUGACCAACCCAAUGACCGGCGAGGAGAUGCGCUUCCUGGAGCUGCUCACCGCCUUCGGGUUGGACAUUGAGGCGGUAGCCGCCGCUUUGGGUGUGGAUAUGCACACGUUGAACAACAUGGAACGCACCGAGCUGGUCAACUUGCUCACACAGCAGGCGAGCUAGACGAAGAAUACCCUGUAAAUUGAGGGUAUAUUGAAGAAGAGUGAGCGGGGAAUUGAGGGAGGUUGUUAUAGU